GAAACGAAACCUAAUAGUAGUAGCAGGUAUUGUUAGUUCAUGCAUCAUCAUCAUCAUCGCCCAUAAGCAGAAGAGCUGCUGCUGCUUCCUUAGGACAACGAAAGUAAGAGUAAUACAAGAUGAGAUUUAAUUUUGAUUUAUCGGAUGCGGCUGCCGACGGCGACGGUUCAACCCUAAACCACUCCUCUCCUUCCACCACCACCACGCCAGAAAUGCGUCAAGUCGAAUGGCUUCCACUGCAGGACCACCCAAUCUUUGCCUCUAUGGCCUCCUCUUACACUGAAGCUGCCUCACCUGACUCCUCCGCUUCCCGGACGAUAAUGAAUCUCAUGACAUGGGACGGUUCUUCUCGUCUUUACGUCUGGGACUCCCAUCACCACUGCCUUCACCGUAUCUCCGUUCGCUUAGGCGAACCUCACCCUAGCUCUGUCAUUGCCGCUUCUCCAUCUAAGGUUUUACAACCAGAUGUGCAGCUGAGCUUUGUAGUUAAUAAAGUAUCAAUUAAUAGGAAUGGAUCUGCCAUGCUGCUGAUUGGCCCAAAUGGUUUACAUGUCAUGUAUCUCAAUGCAAAUGUUUGCAGGACUGUUUCAAUUGGCGUGGAAAUUUAUCUCUGCACCAACAGCGCUAUUCGAACAUUACAGAUCUCAUGGCACCCUUAUAGUGAAACUCAUGUUGGAAUCCUGUCUUCUGAUUCAGUUUUCAGGAUUUUUGACCUGUCUUCAUCUUUUGAGAAGCCUGAACAGGAGUAUUACUUACAACCUGUGGGAUCAAAGAGAUUGCAGACUGCAUCAUCACUCUGCCCCGUAGAUUUCUGUUUUGGCGGUGACCAUUUAUGGGACAGGUUCAGUGUUUUCAUUUUAUUUAGUGAUGGCUCCAUCUAUGUCCUUUGUCCAAUUGCUCCCUUUGGAAGUGUGUACAAAUGGGAGUCAGUGUUGGAAUUGUAUAAUGAUGCUCAAACAUUAGGGCUUAAAUCAUCAAACACAAAAGCCGUAAAUAAUUCUAAUAUGGCGAUACAAUGGCUGGAAGCGACGUUUCCAGAGUUGACUCGUUUGGCAACGGGAGGAAACUCACUCGUACUUAAAGCCGAGCCAUAUGCUUUAUUUGAUGCUACGGUUUCUUUGCAGGGUCCUCUCCCAAGACUAUGCAAUGGAGGAGAAGAUUCAGAAGCUUCUGCCAAAGAGUGUGAAGGGCGAGCCGUCAGUUUUUUGUAUAAUUUAGUCUGCAAGGACACUGUUUUGGUUACUGCAUGGACAGGUGGUCAACUCCAGAUACAUGCUUUAGCCGAUGAAAUACAGCCAGUUUGGUUACAUGGUAAUCCUCCCCAUCUCAACGUCGAUUUUUUCGAUCGAAUUCUCGGCAUAGCGAUGAUAUGUGAAUCAGUCCCUGAUAAGAAACUGACCGUGAAGCUUCAUCAGCAAUCUCAGGAUACUGUUUGGUCAGGACAACCGCCACCAUUGCUAAGGCUGGCUAUGGUCGACUUAGCUCUUCCAAAAAACAGAGGAAGCAGUUCCACUAUUUCCAUGUUUGUGGAUCCUCUUAUUCCCGAAAGAAUGUAUUCGGUUCAUGGUGGAGGUAUAGAUUCUAUAGUGUUGCAUUUCCUUCCUUUUACUAAUCAGGCGACUGGAAAAGACGAGGGCAUGAGAACUCCCUCUGUGCAUCCCAUUCUUAGUACUUGCAAAGGAGGAUCUUCUGUCCACGCUCCACUAUGCGGUUUCAUUGCAUUAUGGGACUCGUUUGGAUAUUCAUGGAUAGCUGCGUUAACACCAGCUAGAGAAUGCGUUGUGCUUGAGAUGAGGACAUGGGAUAUACUGCUCCCAUUACAUGUUGAUGGAGAGGAAAGAAAUAGGAGCGAAGAAUCGAAAGAAACAGAUGUGUCGUUUCUUAUUAGCAAAGAGCUCCUUGGUGGCCCUAGAACGAUUCUUCUUCCUUCUGUAUCACCGAAUCUACCUUCUAUAACAGCAGAUUCUAUUGAAGGUAGAUCUAAGCUUCACCAAUACUUCAAGCUUUUUCAUGAGAAUUAUGUGGAGUAUGCACAUAAGGUUUACUUUGAACUGAAGCAUCAUGGACCUCAAGUGAAGAAAACAAUUGAGGAUUUACAAGGCCGAUUAAGCAAAGCUCAACACAAUAUUUUAAAAGUUGAAGAGAAACAGGAAAAGCUUGAUAGCCGCAUUGAUAUGGCAAUUCAAGCUCAUGUCAAAUUGGAAGAACGAUUGCUAAGUUUAAGAAACUUGCCAGGGAUCCUCAAGAAGCCGUUGUCAAAAGCAGAGAGAGACUUCAAAUUCGAGCUAGACCAAUUCAGUGGAGUUGAGUUGGAUGCUGUUCGUUCUUCUGUUGAAGCAUUGAAUGGAAGAUUGAAUAGGUACAAAAGCUCACUGAGGCGCAAUCCUUCCACGGUGCAACAAAGGCUCCUCUCUGGGAGGAGAAAGAACCAAGCCCUGGAUGACCAAAUCUCUAGUCUCAGAUCCUCCAUCACAAAACUGUCGCUACUCAAUAACGAGAACACAGAGAAGGUUAAGCUCAUUGACUCGACAAUUAUCGAUCGCGAGAAGAAGUCCAUUGAGUAAAAGGAGAAAGGCACAUGCAGCUAACUAUCUGUAUGUAUUAUGUAAUAAUUUCAAACUACCUAUUACGAAUUUGAUCAUAUUUUAUGGAUAUUCUGUAUCUUGAUUAAUGUUUUGGCCACCAUACUAUAACAUUAGUAUUGUAAGGGAUUAUUUGUUUUGAAUUAUGUUCAGAGCUUUGUUUUUUUAUUCAAAUGUUAAAAUAUGUAUAACAUUGAAUAUUCUUGUCGUAAUAUAGAAUUUUUUAAUGCA